AUGACACUUUUUUGGGGUGUCACAGCAUGGGAGGUCCUGUUCGUGGAGUCCAUCUGUGACGACCCCAGGAUCAUCGAGGAGAACAUUGGAGCAAACAAUAAAAGCCAUUUUUCACCGCAGCAAGUGAAGCUGAGCAGCCCCGACUACAGGGGCCGGGCGCAGGACGAGGCCGUGGCCGAUUUCCUCAAGCGCAUCGAGUGCUACAAAGCCACCUACGAGCCCCUGGACGACGAGCUGGACAGCGGGCUGUCCUACAUCAAGAUCUUCGACGUGGGCGUGCGGUACCUGGCGAACCGCGUGCAGGGCCACGUGCAGAGCCGCACGGUUUAUUACCUGAUGAACAUCCACGUCACGCCCCGGACCAUCUACCUGAGCCGCCACGGCGAGAGCCAGCUCAACCUGCGCGGCCGCAUCGGCGGCGACUCGGCGCUGUCCCCCCGCGGGAUGCAGUACGCGCAGGCGCUGGCGCGCUUCAUCCGCAGCCAGAACAUCGGCGAGCUGAAGGUGUGGACGAGCCACAUGAAGAGAACCAUCCAGACCGCCGAGGCGCUGGGCGUGCCCUACGAGCAGUGGAAGGCGCUCAACGAGAUCGACGCCGGGGUCUGCGAGGAGAUGACCUACGAGGAGAUCCAGGAGCGCUACCCCAAGGAGCUGGCGCUGCGCGACCAGGACAAGUACCGCUACCGCUACCCCAAGGGCGAGUCCUACGAGGACCUGGUGCAGCGGCUGGAGCCGGUCAUCAUGGAGCUGGAGCGGCAGGAGAACGUGCUGGUGGUGUGCCACCAGGCUGUCAUGCGCUGCCUGCUGGCUUAUUUCCUGGACAAGAGCGCGGAUGAGCUGCCCUACCUCAAGUGCCCCCUGCACACGGUGCUGAAGCUGACCCCCGUGGCCUACGGGUGUGAGGUGGAGCCCAUCUACCUCAACAUCGAGGCAGUGAACACCCACCGGGCACGACCCCAGAACGUCGACAUCAACCGCACGGCGGCCGACGCCCUCAACACCGUCCCCGAGCACUUCUGAGGGGUCCCACGGGGAGAAGGGGAGCCCCCACCCCAAAAUUAAACCUUCUACAACCAA